GGAGGAGGAGGAGGAGGCGGCGGUGGCGGCGGCGGCGAUGGCCACGGAAGGAGGGAAAACCUCCGAGCCGGAGAAUAACAAUAAAAAAACCAAAACCUCGGGCUCCCAGGACUCUCAGCCUUCUCCUCUGGCUUUACUGGCAGCCACAUGCAGCAAAAUAGGGACUCCUGGUGAAAAUCAAGCAACUGGACAGCAACAGAUCAUUAUAGAUCCAAGCCAAGGAUUGGUUCAGCUUCAGAAUCAACCUCAGCAAUUAGAACUGGUCACUACUCAACUGGCCGGAAACGCUUGGCAACUUGUUGCUGCCGCUCCUCCCGCCUCAAAAGAAAAUAACGUCGCCCAGCCGGCGAGCUCGUCCAGCUCGUCCAGCAGCAACAACGGGAGCGCGUCCCCAACGAAAACCAAGUCGGCCAAUUCUUCGACCCCCGGGCAGUUUCAGGUCAUCCAAGUGCAGAAUCCCAGCGGAAGCGUGCAGUACCAAGUGAUCCCGCAGCUUCAGUCAGUGGAAGGUCAGCAGCUUCAGAUCAAUCCAGCCAAUGCUACGUCUCUCCAGGACUUGCAGGGUCAGAUCCAACUCAUUCCCGCCGGGAAUAAUCAAGCUAUUCUAACUGCGGCGAACCGGACGGCCUCUGGAAACAUCCUUGCCCAAAACUUGGCAAAUCAGGCCGUCCCGGUCCAAAUUCGGUCCGGGGUCUCCAUACCGCUGCAGUUGCAGACCAUCCCCGGCACUCAGGCUCAGGUCGUGACCACGUUACCGAUAAACAUCGGAGGAGUGACUUUAGCUCUGCCCGUCAUAAACAAUGUAGCCGCAGGAGGCGGGGGGUCCGGCCAGGCGGCCCAGCCUGCCGAGAGUGGAGCUUCCAAUGGGAAUCAGUUGGCGUCCACCACCCCGACCACCACGGCGUCUGCCAGUACAAUGCCGGAGUCCCCUUCCUCCUCUUCCACCUGCACGACCACUGCUGCCACGUCCCUGACCAGCAGCGACACGCUGGUGAGUUCGGCGGACGCGGGCCAGUACGCCAGCACCUCGACGAGCAGCUCCGAGCGAACCGUCGAAGAGGCUCAGACCCCCGCCGCCGAAUCCGAAGCCCAGAACUCCAGUCCGCUGCAGCCCAACGGACUACAGAACGCCCAGGAUCAGUCCAACCCGCUCCAACAGGUGCAGAUCGUGGGCCAGCCAAUCCUGCAGCAGAUCCAAAUCCAGCAGCCCCAGCAGCAGAUCAUCCAGGCCAUCCCCCCACAGUCAUUUCAGCUGCAGUCGGGCCAGACCAUCCAGACCAUUCAGCAACAGCCUCUGCAGAACGUUCAGCUUCAGGCCGUAAGUCCAACUCAGGUGCUUAUCAGGGCUCCGACCCUAACGCCGUCGGGACAGAUCAGCUGGCAGACCGUGCAGGUUCAGAAUAUUCAGAGCCUUCCAAAUCUGCAAGUCCAGAACGCCGGGCUGCCCCAGCAGCUGACCAUCACCCCCGUGUCUUCGAGUGGCGGCACGACUCUUGCCCAGAUCGCCCCCGUGGCCGUGGCCGGCACCCCGAUCACCCUGAACACCGCUCAGCUCGCGUCAGUGCCUAACCUUCAGACGGUCAGUGUGGCCAACCUGGGGGCCGCAGGCGUGCAAGUGCAGGGAGUUCCCGUUACGAUCACUAGUGUGGCAGGCCAACAGCAAGGACAAGAUGGAGUAAAAGUGCAACAAGCUACAAUAGCUCCUGUAACUGUAGCGGUAGGAGGUAUUGCUAAUGCAACAAUUGGUGCUGUGAGUCCUGACCAAAUCACGCAAGUGCAGUUGCAACAAGCCCAGCAAACUUCUGAUCAAGAGGUUCAGCCUGGCAAGAGGUUAAGAAGGGUUGCCUGCUCAUGUCCUAAUUGCCGAGAAGGAGAAGGAAGAGGCAGUAAUGAACCAGGAAAAAAGAAACAGCACAUCUGCCAUAUUGAAGGAUGUGGGAAAGUGUAUGGCAAAACAUCUCAUCUCCGAGCACACCUUCGGUGGCAUACUGGUGAAAGACCAUUUGUGUGCAACUGGAUGUUUUGUGGCAAAAGAUUUACAAGAAGCGAUGAACUGCAAAGACAUAGAAGAACCCACACAGGUGAAAAGAGAUUUGAAUGCCCAGAGUGUUCUAAACGGUUUAUGAGGAGCGACCAUCUUUCUAAACACGUCAAAACUCAUCAGAAUAAGAAGGGUGGUGGAACAGCUCUUGCCAUUGUUACCUCAGGAGAGUUGGACUCUUCAGUUACUGAGGUGCUUGGCUCCCCAAGAAUUGUUACAGUUGCAGCCAUUUCUCAAGAUUCAAACCCAGCAACUCCCAAUGUUUCAACCAACAUGGAAGAAUUCUGAAAAAUGAUUUAUACAGAGACAUCUAGUGCUGCACUUAAGUUUACAUACCUUUCAAGAUAUGGAAAUGGGCUGGUAACCUGGAUUACAAAGUAGGAAAUCAUGUUUUCAUGCUUGACUUUUAAGUAUUCCAAGUGGUAUGGUCAGCGUGGGAAGUGUACACGAGUGCAACAAAGACAGAUUUUUUUCAAAAAUACAAACAACGCAAAUUGAUAUGGUGGGGAAAAACUGAUGGAAAAUUAUUUCUUCCAUAUUGUACUUUUUAGUUAUUUCUAUCAGUGUCAUCUGUCAUUUUUUUUAAAUGGAACUUUCCCCUCUCUUUUAACAUUGUAUUGUUAAUAUGUUUGUAAAGACAGACCUCAAUAUUGUAUAGGCUGGACCUUAAUUAGGCUGGUUUUCAUUUGAAAGUACUUUGUUUUUAACUCCAAUCUAAUAUAUUUAUGGGAAUUUCAUACCCCAACUGGUUCAGAAAGGCAAGAAACUAAUAAGGACAAGUCUUUGAUUUGCUUAACUCAUUUCUGAACAAUGACUGAACACUAUUUUGGCCGUUUUUUCUCAAUUUUAAGCAGUUGAAUUCAACAAGUGCUGUCAAACGAAUCUGAGUAUCAUCUCAGGUAAUUAUGACCACUACAUUUUCGUAGUGUUUAUAAUGACAAUCAACGGACUCCAGUUUCUUUCUCCAUUUGGAGACCUAAAAGGUACCUAGAACUAAAUCUUAGAUUAAACAAUAGAAACAUAUUUUAAAGGAUUUUCUAGAUCCCACAAAGUUGUAAUAAAAUGAAAUAUGGAAAUUUGCAGGUAAAACUUUGGUGACAGGAUUAAUUGUACUCCAAGUUCGAGUCUACUCUGAAUUGAGUUAAAAAUGGAUUUUUAAGAUUUAUCUUGGCAAUUGGAUGGAUACAGUUGUUACCUUGAGGGUUCCUAUUCAUUCUGUAGUCUCUUAAUAUAUAAAUAAUAAGUUAUGUUGACAUUGUGCGGAAUUCUUUCUACUUUGACUUCUUAGCCAAAGAAAAAUGUGAAUUAUUACACUUUUUAAAAGUCAACAGAAAUGGACUGUUGUAAUUUUGCUUGCCUCCCUUCAGAAAAUUGACCGAUGAUAGACUAGCACUUGGUCCGAAAUAUGUCCAUAAACAUCACUGUAUAAUGUCCUAAGUCAUACCAAUCAAAAAAAAUAAAUGAAUUAUGUAAAAUAUUGUUUUUAGACUCAAAAUUAAAAAAAACCCAUUUUCAUGAAUGCUUAGUCUGGCUAAAGGAAAAAAAUGAAAUUCAUUUCAUCUUGUAAGCAAGUUUUCUUCCACGAACAGAGGAAGGAUGGCCAAAAGUUUCAUAUGUAGGAUUUGGGAUCAACUGCUUAAUUGAUUUGAGUAUUUCAUAACGAUAUAGGUUUUUUUUAACAUUUCCAUAUGAACAUAUUUAAUGAAAUUUAAAAGGUAAACUAAAAAAGGGGGAUAGUGUUUUUCCCUGGACAGUUUAUUAAAACAUCAGCAGUUUUGGGACUUUUCAAUAUAAAUGACCUCCGUCGGCUUACUGCGUCUUCUCUAUGCUAAAAAAAAAAAUGUACUUCAAAUGUGAACUUUGUUCCAAACUUGUGGUGUUACAUGUGUUUUUGAAGAAAGAGAAAUACUGAUCGUUGUUUACACGAUGUACACUUUAGGCCAGCCCUUUGUAGCGUUAUUUAAAGCUGAAGGUCUUUUGUACUUUCAGUUACACAAAAAGCUUUGAGAUUAAAGGAAAAAUGAUUUUACACUGUGGUUAUAAAUUUCAAGUUUCUUAAAGCUUUUGUAGACUUGUAACAAAGUCUUUAAAUUUUAGUUGGGUUUUGUACAUUGUUUUGUAUAUUUUAUUUAAUGUACUCUUAACAACUGAUGUAUCUGGCUUUAAAACAUCAGAAUCAGUUAGAUGUUUUGUUUAGUACAGAUGUACAUUAGGUAGUGCUAAUUGUUAAUUUUGUUAUAUAGGAACUGAGACAUCAAAUGUAUAUUUUAUCUAUCAUUAUGCUACACAAUCAGUGCUAUAAAUUUCUUUAUGCAAAGAAACUUUCUUAAUGGUUUAAUCAUGUUUCCUAGAAAUAACAUGUUUUGUUAACUGAAAGUAUGGGCACUCUGCACAGUCAUUUCCUAUUCCAGUUUUUUUUAUGCAUACGUAUGUAUGCAGAUCAGAAAUGGAUGUUAUUUUUUAAUAAACAAGGAGACCCAUUGUAAAUGGAUCAAACUGAAUCCUGAUGGCUUUAUAACAUAUAAAGUGUAUCAACUUCAGACAGCAGGUGCACAUUUCACCACUGGAAUUAGAAACAUUUUGACAGUCUGUUCUGCAUACCAUUCUAAAUCCACUUUUCUGUCUUAGAAGGAUCGUAAAUUUUGAUGUCCUUUAUUUGACUCAGUGGGAUAUAGCUGUUGUAAGUAAUAGGGCACAGAUGUGCAGUAGUAUCCUGUUUAAUGGCAUUUCACUGUUCAUUCCCUUUGCCACCGUUCUAAAACUUUGCUUUUUUGUAAUUAUCAGUGCAAAGCUAUGUAUUUAUCAUGGUAGAACUCCAAGUGUUAGAAUAGUUUUUUCUUACGAUAUACUUUCUUUGGUUAGGUUUGUGUAUGUGUUGCCGAUUACAUUAGAACUUGGUGUUAAGUCAUUAUUUAUCACACUCAUGAGAGCAGUAAUAAAAGUGUGUAAUCUAGGAGAAAAAGUUAAUUUGUCAAACUUAGGUAAGCAUGAUGUUUAGGUCCUAUUUUUCAAUUUUAUAACUGUUUUAUUGCAACAAUAUUUUUGUACUUUAAGUCUUCAUUUUUAAUGCCUUGUGGUGUUUUUUUUAAUGCAUGUCACUAAAUUGUCAUCCCAAUAUAAAUGAUGUGCAGCAUAUGGGAUUAAUAAGCUACAUAAUGAUUUAGAAACAGAGAACUAGUUGAUGGUAAAUAUGUAAAUGUUUUGCAAAAAUCUCUUAUAAAAGUUUGUAGUAACAUUUCACUUGUAAAUUUUUUAUAGAAAAAAGAAAAGAAAAAAAGAUGAAACCAGCGAAAAAAGAUCCCACAUAACUAGAAUUUUAGAAAAUAAUUUCUGCCGUAAAGCCUCUUGAGGCUUUCAUUGGACAUUUUUACAGUGUCGAUUUGUAUGAAAUUUGUUUUCUGUGGAUUUGGAAAUAGAAUCAUGUACAAGUUGUUGCCUGCAAUAACCAAUUUGCAAGUACCUAUUAAAAAUUCCUCGAGUUUAAAACGUUUUCUUCAUUAAUUAUGUAUAAUGUGAAGCAGUAAUAAAUUUUGUCAGAAUGAUCAACCUUCUCAUCAAGAUGAACACUGGAAAGCAAAUGCUUCUCAAUGGAAAAAAAAAAAACUUUGGCAGCAGCUUCUGGAUUCAUGUAAUUAAGACCUUCUUCUCCGUGCGCUGGUCACUGUUUCACAGCAGGGAUAUCCCCAGCAGGGAAAACAAUUCUAAGUCAACGUGAUUCUCACACACUGGUCCUGAUUGGAAAUUGGAUUGAGACUUUUUCCUAGAGAAAUGGAUUUUUUAAACAAGAUUUUAACAAGUUCUGUGAAUGAAAAAAAUGUUAAGUUGUGAAAUGAGAUUGAUCUGGAAAUGAACCAAUGAACAUUUUUUAAAAUUAAAAAACUGAAAACA